CCCUUCGUUCUCCCUCUAUCCUACCUCAUCCCCAACUCGAUUAGGGUAUCGAGAGAUCCAUUUCAAUUGGCGGGGCUGGGGAUCAAUUCGAUCCAACCGCUUCUCCAUAGCAACCGAUUCCAAGUUCCCUUCUCUCCGGAAAGCCUCCACCAUCCUCUUCUCGACCUCUUCCCCUCUUUCCUCCCCUCCCACCACCGCCACCGUCGUCAGCCUCGCCUCGCUAAUCGUCCACAUGAACUCCCCAACCUCCAUCCCCGAAAUCAUCGGAGCCCUCUUCGGCUCCACGAUCUUGUCCGACGAAAGAGCCUUCCCCAGCCCGGCCAGAUUCCCUCCCGCAAUCGACGUCGUCAACGCUGCCGCCUAGCUGCAAUUCCACACACACCACCGACGGAAACUAAAUCCUUUCGCAGAUCGAGACUUUCUGAUGAACAUAUCAAGAUCCAUCGCCGGCAACCAGUGGUUUCCUUCGACAAGAGCAAUAUUUUUCUACCAUUGAGUUUUUGCUGUUGCAGGAACCGAGGAUAGAGGGGGAAUGUAGUCGGGCAUAGAAUACGGUGACCGGCAACGAGAAAUCGUGGUGGAGGGUUGUGAAGGUGCUGCCGAUGACUGACAUGCGGAGAUUCCGGUCGAAGGUACGACCAUGGUGGACGAGGAGGAGAGGGAUAAUCAAGUAGCGCACAGGAUUUGAUCAGUUCAAGGUAGGUCAAGUUAGAGAGGGAACAGAAGCGAACCCAAUUCAGCAAUGGCUAAGAAAAAUCGUGGGUGGUUUUUGAUUGGUUAAAACUAGAAGCAAGAUUAGUCUUCCUCUUCAUGGAAGAUCAGCCAUAGCCAUAAGAAUAGUAAAAGCAAAAGGAUCAUUCAGGUGAUCAAUCACAAGUUACACCAAUGCCAACUUGAUUGUAUAGUAGGAAUCAUAAACACGAGCUAUGUAUAAACAGGGAGAGAGAGAGAGAGCCGACCUGGAAAUUGGAGCAGAAGAAGUAGUACUAGUAGUAGAAGAUACUAGGGUUGGUAUCUUGAGGGAGAAGCAGAGUGGACAGGCGGAAUGUUUAUAGCCCUAUGUGUUUAAUUUUGUUUUCUAAUUAAUAUUUAAAUAUUUAGAUCCUAAUCAUCCAAUAUCCAUGAAUUUUGAGGUUUUUAUAUGGUUUUUGUAUGUUUUUUAGUGUUUUGGUAUAUAUUAUUGUGUUUAUGAUAUGUAUUUAGGAG